CCGCCGCCGCCGCGCGGCUCAUGCCCCCGGACGCCGAGCGCGCAGGUGGGCCGGCCGCCGCCGGGAGCUAGGCCCCCCGGGCCAUGGCGCGCAGACCCGGGGCGCCGGCUGCCUCCGGGGACGACUUCUCCUUCGUCAGCCCGCUGGUGAAAUACCUGCUCUUCUUCUUCAACAUGCUCUUCUGGGUGAUCUCCAUGGUGAUGGUGGCUGUGGGCGUGUACGCACGGCUGAUGAAGCACGCAGAAGCAGCCCUGGCCUGCCUGGCGGUCGACCCAGCCAUCCUGCUGAUCGUGGUGGGCGUGCUUGUGUUCCUGCUCACCUUCUGUGGCUGCAUCGGCUCCCUGCGAGAGAACAUCUGCCUCCUGCAGACGUUCUCCCUCUGCCUCACCGUUGUGUUCCUGCUACAACUGGCCGCGGGGAUCCUGGGCUUCGUCUUCUCCGACCAGGCUCGGAGCAAAGUGAGUGAGGUCAUCAACAAUGCCAUCGUGCACUACCGAGACGACCUGGAUCUGCAGAACCUCAUUGACUUUGGCCAGAAGGAGUUCAGCUGCUGUGGAGGGAUUUCCUACAAGGACUGGUCGCAGAACAUGUACUUCAGCUGUUCCGAAGACAACCCGAGCCGUGAGCGGUGCUCCGUGCCUUACUCCUGCUGCCUGCCUGUCCCCAACCAGGCCGUGAUCAACACCAUGUGUGGCCAGAGCAUGCAGGCCCGCAGCUACCUGGAGGCCAGCAAAGUCAUCUACACCAAUGGCUGCAUCGACAAGCUGGUCAACUGGAUACACAGCAACCUGUUCCUGCUGGGCGGUGUGGCUCUGGGCCUGGCCAUCCCUCAGCUGGUGGGAAUCCUGCUGUCUCAGAUCCUGGUGAGUCAAAUCAAAGAUCAGAUCAAGCUGCAGCUCUACAACCAGCAGCACCGGGCCGACCCGUGGUACUGAGCCUCCAGCCUGCACUUCCUCACCAUGGCAACCGCAGGCAGCCUCAUCCACCCACAGCAGCAGCAACAGUGGUGGCUGGCGUGCUGAGAGCAGCCCGAGCGGAGAUUGGUUUCCGGCACCCCGGCCACGUCAGUCCAGUGAGAAGAAGUAAAACUACGGCUAGGCGGAAGGCAGUGGUUCCCAGGUGGUCCCUGGCUCAGGCCCCCAGCUUCCCCACCCAGCCCUCUGCAUUGCUCUGAAGUCAUUGUGUGUCGCUUCUAACCGCCCCAGCAUUUGGGUUUCUGUUUUCUAAGCUGUGUUUUGGGGAAGGGCAGUUGCGCAGAGAGCCGCCAGAGACGGCGGCCCAAGGCCCUCAGCUUGGUGGACUGAAUCCGAGCACUGCCCGGUGAGACCUGGCAGCGGAGAGGACACACCAGCAGCCCUGCCUGGAGCCCAGUGGGCCUGGUCCCAGCUCCACCAGGGGAAAGUGGCAGAGCAGGCAGGGAGAGCCAGCCUGGGGGUCGGCUGGGGACAGCUCACUGCGCUGGGCACAGUGGCCAGGGGAUAUGUUUACCAAAUGCCUGCCCUGCCAUCCUCCCAGAUUCCCAGUGAGCUACAUCCUGCCCCUCCCUCAUUUCCAUGGAAACGUGGCAGCAGGGCAAGGGGUACAUCAGCAGCAAAUCCACCCCCCUACGUCUACCACCACCACCCGUCCAGAGCAGAGCAAGUUUGCAGCAAAGCAGGACAGCCCUCCACGCCCGUCUUCCUCCCUGUCUUCCCCCGCACCACUCCGGGAGUGGUGUGGGGGGCCACUUGACUUGGCAGCGCGCUACUGGAGCAGGCUUGGCAAUAACACCACCCUCACUCUUAUCCCUACCGCCCUGCCCUACCUGGGAGCUCAGUGUUUCGGCCGCGUGGGAAGCAGGCAGAAGCCAGAGGUGGCAAUAAACGUUUGUUGAUCUGGGA